AUGUCAAGAAAAUAUAUCUUGCUAAGCCUUGAGCUGUUGACUCUGCUGUUGGAAACAGAAGUGGCAAUUGGAUAUUUAGAAUUUACAGGGUUUCUGCAGUCCUUCACGUUGGACAACUUUGGCCACUUCAUCACUGUGUUCAGAUCACAGCUCAGUAUUUCUUCAGUCAGUGAUCAAGAUGCCUGCAGGGCAGGACUACAGCCAGUCAGCCAGUGGAAGGCCUAUGGCCUCAAUGGGUAUCCAGGGUUUAUUUUCAUACUAAACCCUUUCCUCCCUGGCUGCCAGCGUCACUGGGUGAAACAGUGUCUCAAGUUAUACCCCCAGAAACCCAAUGUCUGCAACCUGGACCUGCACAUGGCUCCUGAGAAGACAACUGACCUGUGGGGACAGAGCAAAGAGCAGCUAAGAAGGAAAGGUUCCAGUAAAUGGGAGCCCAGAAGCUUAUUGGAGAAGCUGCGCUGGGUUACCCUUGGUUACCAUUAUAACUGGGAUACUAAGAAGUACUCAGCAAAUCACCACACUCCUUUCCCUUCAGACCUUGCAUUCCUGUCAGAACAAGUGGCCAGAGCCUGUGGCUUCCAGGGUUUCCAAGCCCAAGCAGGGAUCUUGAACUACUAUCAUUUUGACUCUUCCCUGGGAAUUCAUGUGGAUGAGUCUGAACUAGACCAUUCUCGGCCCCUUUUAUCAUUCAGUUUUGGGCAAUCCUCAAUAUUUUUGCUUGGGGGCCUGAAGCGGGAGGAGGCCCCAACAGCGAUGUUCAUGCACAGCGGAGAUAUCAUGGUGAUGUCUGGCUUCAGCCGUCUGCUGUACCAUGCUGUCCCCCGGGUCCUCCCCAACCCUGAAGGGACAGCUUUGCCUUCAUGCCUGGACCACGUGCUUUCUUCAGACCUUCCUGCUGGCUCCAUCAUCGAGCACAGCUCUGAUGAGGAUUGGCAGGUCUGUGCCAAGUACUUGCAGUCUUCCCGCAUUAAUAUGACUAUUCGACAGGUGUUAGCUGAGGGUCAGGAAUUUCCAGAGGAGUCUGGGACAAAUAGAGAAGGCCAAGCACCCUCUGAAGACAGUCACCAUCAGGAGAGCAGCAGAGCCAAGAGACAUAAACCCAGUGCAGACAGCUGA